GUUUUUGUAGGGGCGAAAUAAACGAAACAGCUUUGCGAGAUUGUCAACAGAAUGGUAAACGUGAUUAACUAUAUAUGUCUCCUGGCUUUCACCGCUACGCUGAGCUCUGGUUAUAAGCGGUCGGGAAAAGUCAUUAGACACUUUGAAGCUCUUGAUUAUGAGACGAAAUAUAAACAGGCAGAAAUUGGCCGACUUGUGGAUGAAAGGUCAUCGACCGCGCAGGAAGCGUCGUCUAUCAAAGUUAUCAAUAUUGAAGCAUUCGGAAGAAAAUUUAAACUUAUUUUAAGAAGUAAGGAUAUCUCGUCUUUUCCUUUUGAUAUCGAAAUCAAAGGCAACAUAAACACCGAACUUAAUUUGAAUUCAAAUACCUUAGUUGCUGGGAGUGUAUACAAUGAUAAAUUGUCUAGUGUCUACGGUUGGAUUACUGAGUCGGGAUUUUUCUAUGGGACUGUUAAAUCCCAAAAUGAAACAUAUUACAUUGAACCGGCUAAUAAGUACUUCAUAUCUCCAAGAUUUCAUUCUCUGAUGUAUCGGAGUAAGGAUAAUACAGAUGAUCUUGGCGACCUCUUCAAUUUCAUCAACUACGGAAACAAGAAGCGCGCGAAUUCAAAACAUCACAUUUCCAAAAGGCGAUCUUCGACCCAUCCCGAAUUUAAAACUAACCCAAAAAUCUGCCGUUUGUCGCUAGAGGCCGACUUUGCGUUCCUCAAAAUGAUGGGCAGUACUUUAGAUUCCCUUAAUUCGAUGAUUAAUCACGUAGAAGUCUUAAAUCGCAUAUUUUACAGAUCCUUUGUCAACAGAGAUAUGUCAACUCAUGCGAAAGUAUUUGAACUUCACCGUAACCUCAGCAUGGUCCAAUUUCAAAUUGCAAGGGUCAGAGUUUACAACGAGUCUGAAACUGUACAGGUCUUAGGACCCACCGUUCUAGACGCGGCAACAUUUCUGAGACAUAUGCAAAACAAGGGGGGAUAUUCCCAUUAUUGUUUAGGCCUGUUUUUUACCGGCAACAGUUUUAACGACGGCGUUUUAGGAGUGGCCAAAACUGGAGGGAUUUGUACCAACUUGAAUGUGGGUGUUGUCUCCUUUAAACGGGAGGGUGUGGCCCUGCCUCCGCUGCUCACAGAGAUUGCUGUUGCUCAUGUUGUUGGCCAUGCAUUUGGCGCUAAGCACGAUGAAGAUAGCUGCCAUUCGGAAUCUUUGAACAAGGAUGACCACUUCAUAAUGACGAAAUUUGGCCUCGAUGCAGAUCUAGGCAAUCAUUUUGUUUACUCCCCAUGCACUGUUCGACAAAUUAAAUCUUUCCUGAACACGUUACCAGAGAAGGGCUGCUUUAAACUUGACUCGCCAAGUUUAUGUGGAAAUGCUGUGGUGGAACAUGGCGAAGAGUGUGACUGUGGCGGAGACGAGAUGUGUAAAGAUUUGGAGCCUGGGAACUGCUGUGAUUUUGGAACCUGCAAGUUGAGGGUCCACGCUGAAUGCAGCGUUUCGAAUGGAUCGUGUUGCGAUGGCAAGACUUGUAGGUACAAAAAUGCCGGAGAAAUUUGUUCAGUGGAAACAGAAUGCUCGGAUCAAGCAGUGUGCAAUGGCAACACCUCAAUAUGCCCAGAACCAUCGCACAAGGAGAAUUUUUCGGAGUGUAACUGGAAUUCCAGCAUCUGCAUGAAUGGCGUUUGUAGUGGAAAAUCUGUUUGUGGUAAAUUUGGGCUGCAACCUUGCUUUUGUAAAGAUAAAUCAGAUGAAUGUAAAAUUUGUUGUUUGAGUAAGGGGAAAUGCUUUCCGGCACAGAAUAUUACUAAGAUCAAAUCAAGACUCAAGUCAAUAUACCUGAGUGCAGGAUCAUUGUGUUCAAGCAGGCGAGGAUAUUGCGAUGUUUUUCACGAUUGUCACCGAAUAAACCUCAAUGCUCCGUUUUCCAAUCGCUAUGAUCCGUAUUUUAGAAAAAAAAGCAUUAAAGAAAUAACUCACUCAUUUUGGUGGGCAAUAUUUCUCGGUACAGUAGCUCUAAUAGCAUGCGUAGUCAUGUCAAUCAAGCAUGGAGCUCUAUAUACAAAAAGUAGUAAUCCUGAAUUAAACGAGCGACAGCCAGCAAAAACACUACCAAGGUUUAAAUUAUCUCGUUUAAAGGAAGAGGAAAGGGGAAUUGUCCUUACUGACGAUAUGGUAGCUUGAAAUGCACUUAGGACUACAUGUACACAACGUUUGCGAGAAUGCAAACACUAUCAUUUAGCUGAUUUCGAGCUGAUUCAAUACUGGAAGUUGGAAAUGCACCCCUUAAACUGUUAAAACAGGAAAAGUUUUUGGAGACACUUCAACGUUCUUGGAAACUCUCAAAACAACACCAGCCUAGUAGUAAAAUAUGGAAAGGCUUACUGAAAUUCUGACCGGCAUUCGGCCCGUCGUUAAUUCAAUGGUUGGGGCAGGGGAGGAUGUCUAGUAUACAUCCACAAAGAAACUGAUAAUUUGAGAAUACACAUACAGAUCUAUACAGAUCUAAUUGUACACACAUUGACUUGCUUUUUUGCUGAGUCUGACAGUCAAAUAAUAUAAUAUGACGAAAGGCCUACUAGUUAGACUACACGAUAAGUUGUAUGCGAUUAUCAUUCUGAAGAAUGUAAACAAGGGCCUAUAUAUGCCACAAUCUUCAUUCAUUCUGUUCAGAGUGGUUUUGUUCAUACGUUCGCCAGGGUGCAAAUCGUAUGCGACAAAUCGCAUAGUGUAAAUGGGCCUGAAGUUGGACUGAUUAAGGCUGGUUACAACAUCAUAUUCAGAGCCUUUCCACACGCGGUGAAGGAGAAAGAUUGACAAAGUGCCUGUUUAACAGAUAGGCACUUUUUUUGUUCGGAUUGAGUUAUUUAUUAUUUUGGGGAAGAAUUAUUCUUUUUGUCCUUGAUGGCGUAAAAUUAUCCCCAAUCUGCCCUCCCUUUAAGGCAGCACUUCACUUGCAAUAGUAACGUCUAGUUCAUUAUUUUGGGGAGGGAUUAUUCUUCUUGUCCUUGACGACGAUUGCGAAUAUGGCAGCCCUUCGCAGAGGCUUGCUUUCCACUGCUUCCCACUCGCGCCACGUCACGUAGAAAAACACACUUAGUCAGCCCGUACGAUUGCGAAAUACGUUGUCACAUUUCGCAGACCCAUCACCGAAUAUGUUGCUCAAGCGAACAUAUUUGGCUGGUGAUAAAUAUUAUCAGGAAAAUAUCAUA